AAAUGUAUGCAAAACAAAUGUAAAGCAAGACUUUUAUAACCGCCUUGUUUCCACAUGAGCUUUAUUCACUACAUUGACGAAACAUAAAAAAGUAAAAUUUUCUUACGUUUUUGCGUUAAAAAACAUGUAAGCUAGAAAUGUAUUUAAAUAGUAGUUACUUCCGCAUUCACGGCGUUGUUGCUAUGGGAACCUUAGUGUAGACCAUUGGAGUUGUACCUGCUGACCGCUGUUGUUUAUCUUAAAAACAUAAUCCAGAAAUCACCUUUCCGUCAUCGUUAUCGACUCUAAACGAAUUAUGCCGCCCAAAAAGGAUGCCAAAAAGAAAAAGGCGGAGGCGAAGCCCCCUACGCUAAUAAAUGGCCUCACCAAGGAGGAGAUAUCGAGGGAACAGAUAGAAGAGCAUGUUGUGCGACUUCGUGAGGUGCUGGACAAAGAGAGGGAGGAGAGGAACUACUUCCAGCUGGAGAGAGACAAGAUUAAGUCCUUUCGAGAAGUUACUGACAGAAAACUAGAGGAGGUUAAGGCUGAACUUAAAAACCUGGAGAAGGCCAUAGAAGACGAUGAGGCACAUCACCUAGUGGGGAUUAAGGUCUUUAAGCAGAAGAUGAAGCACCUCCUGUGUGAACACCAUAACACAGCCACCGAGCUGGAAGCAGAUAUUGCAACCUCGAAAGAUCUGCUGGAGGAUGAGCAGAGUCAACUGGAGGCAGAUCUGUAUAAGGAAAUGAUGAGCAUCCUGGUUGAGAUGCAGGAGUCCAGCUGUGAAGACGUUUUCAAAGAGCUUCUGCUGAAACAUGAAGAAGAAAUGACUGCAGCUAAAGAGAAGUGGGAGAGACGUCUGAGAGAAACUGCGGUCAGAAAUAAGACAGAGAUACAACAGCUGGAAAAGGAACACGACAACAUAAUGAAAAGUGUGACAUGUGAGCGAGAGCUGCUCUGGAAAAGCCACUUUGGCAAUCUUAACGAAGACAUUGAUAGAUGCUUAAGCGACGCAAAAGAUCUUAUUAGCAUGCUGAGCAAAGAAACAGGAAAAGAGAUCGCAGCUCUUAAGGAAUGCAGAGAUAAAAAGGACUUGGAGCUGAAGAACAUGAAAGAGGAAUUUUAUGCUCUUUUGAACGAAAAUAAAGAAUUUGCAAAGCGUGUUGCAAAAACCGAGAAUGAAUAUAGCCGUCUUGAAAGGAGAUCAAAAUCCUUCUCACAGUCAGAGGGUGAUUUAACAAAUCCUCAAAAAGAGAUCCUGAAAGACAAGAAGACAGAGUUUGAAGACUUGCAAGAGCAAUUCAAGAAGCUUCAGAUUGAGAUGGCGGAACUGCAAUCGUCUAUUCCUAAGAAAAUUUAUAUUGCGAAGAAACAAGCAGAUCUGUCUCUCAGGCCUCUGGAGGACGAGCUGGCGGCUCUGAACGACCAUGUGGAGAAGAUCCAGGCUCAGCUCCACGCCUUGUUCUCAGCCUCUAACCUGGACCAAACCGCUGUCACUGAAAUCACUCACAAAGUCGAGAAAGAACUGGAGAUCAGAAAUUCUGCUAUCAAGAAACUGAAGCAUAAAAAAUAUCUGAUAUCAACGGCUCACACUGCCGCGCUGGAGAGGGCGCAGGGCCUCAUCGCGAUGUAAAAAAGAUCUUGAAGAGUCCUUGAUUUCCCACACAAGUUGCUAGAUUACAUCUGAUCAUCAAUCAAAUUCAAAUAUCAGACUCAUCCUGGAGGUCAGAAAGAACCCAGAGCAACAUCUAGAGCACUGCAGACCUAAUUAAUAUCAGCUAAGGUCAGUGGUCAUAAUUCAACAAUAAAAAAGAGACUGGACGUAAAUGGCAUCCACGGGAGAGCUGCAGGGCGGAAACUGCUGCUGGCUCACAUUUACCAAAAAGACACCUUUUAUGAUCAACAAGACUUUUACAAAAAGUAUUCUGUGAAUUUGUUAGAUAAAAGUGGAACAUUUUGGAAAA